AUGGCUUCUGGAGGCAAGGCCUCCAAUGACAAGAUCGAAAUCAUUGCCAAUGACCAAGGAAACCGCACAACCCCAAGCUUUGUCGCGUUCACCGACACCGAGCGUCUGAUCGGAGAUGCGGCCAAGAACCAGGUCGCGAUGAACCCCCACAACACUGUUUUCGACGCCAAGCGUCUGAUCGGCCGCAAACUAACAAGACCAGUUGUCACUGUUCCCGCCUACUUCAACGACUCCCAGCGUCAGGCUACCAAGGACGCCGGUCUCAUUGCCGGUCUCAACGUCCUCCGCAUUAUCAACGAGCCUACUGCUGCCGCCAUUGCCUACGGUCUGGACAAGAAGGCCGAGGGUGAGCGCAAUGUUCUCAUCUUCGAUCUCGGUGGUGGUACCUUCGAUGUGUCCCUCCUGACCAUUGAGGAGGGUAUCUUCGAGGUCAAGUCCACCGCUGGUGACACCCACUUGGGUGGUGAGGACUUCGACAACCGCCUCGUCAACCACUUCGUCAACGAGUUCAAGCGUAAGCACAAGAAGGACCUGUCCACCAACGCCCGCGCCCUGCGCCGUCUUCGUACCGCUUGCGAGCGUGCCAAGCGCACCCUGUCCUCUUCCGCGCAGACCUCCAUCGAGAUCGACUCGCUCUUCGAGGGUAUCGACUUCUACACCUCCAUCACCCGUGCCCGCUUCGAGGAGCUGUGCCAGGACCUGUUCCGCUCCACCAUCCAGCCCGUCGACCGCGUCCUCUCUGACGCCAAGAUCGACAAGUCCCAGGUCCACGAGAUCGUACUGGUCGGAGGUUCCACCCGUAUCCCCCGUAUCCAGAAGCUCAUCUCCGACUACUUCAACGGCAAGGAGCCCAACAAGUCCAUCAACCCCGAUGAGGCUGUUGCCUACGGUGCCGCCGUCCAGGCCGCCAUCUUGUCUGGUGACACCUCCUCCAAGAGCACCAACGAGAUCCUGCUUCUCGACGUUGCUCCCCUGUCCCUCGGUAUCGAGACUGCUGGUGGCAUGAUGACCAAGCUCAUCCCCCGCAACACCACCAUCCCCACCAAGAAGUCCGAGGUCUUCUCCACCUUCUCUGACAACCAGCCUGGUGUCCUCAUCCAGGUCUACGAGGGUGAGCGUCAGCGCACCAAGGACAACAACCUCCUCGGCAAGUUCGAGCUUACCGGCAUCCCCCCCGCUCCCCGCGGUGUUCCCCAGAUCGAGGUUACCUUCGACCUUGAUGCCAACGGUAUCAUGAACGUCUCCGCCGUCGAGAAGGGCACCGGCAAGUCCAACAAGAUUGUCAUCACCAACGACAAGGGCCGUCUUUCCAAGGAGGACAUCGAGCGCAUGCUCGCUGAGGCCGAGAAGUUCAAGGACGAGGAUGAGGCCGAGGCUCGCCGUGUCUCUGCCAAGAACGGCCUCGAGUCGUACGCCUACUCUCUGCGCAACACCCUCAGCGACUCCAAGGUCGAUGAGAAGCUUGACGCCGACGACAAGGAGAAGCUCAAGACCGAGAUCGACCAGAUCGUCACCUGGCUCGACGAGAACCAGCAGGCUACCAGCGAGGAGUACGAGGAGCGCCAGAAGGAGCUCGAGGGCGUUGCCAACCCCAUCAUGAUGAAGUUCUACGGCAGCGCUGGCGGCCCCCCUGGUGCUGGCGGUGCCCCUGGCGGCUUCCCCGGUGCUGGUGCUGGAGGCCCCCCGGCGCCCAUGACGACGGCCCUACUGUCGAGGAGGUCGACUAAAUUGAUACCCUUGAUGAAUUCUUUCCUUAGAGUCACAGUCAUGGGUGUGACAAUGCAGAGGUUGUUACGGGGUUUCACGACUAGACUUUUGCUUUCUUUGCAUUUAUGA